CUGAUGCCGUAAAGAUCAAGACGCUCGUCCAACGCCUUCGCGCAGCCGGCAUCACGUCGCUUCGGGAGCCUCAGGCUUACUACGCCUUAUCCUUACAUCCAAAUGAUAUUGAGGAAGCAUACGAUGCGCUACUGCUGGCGAACGAUGCUUUCGAAGGGGUCAUCACAGAGUACGACCCCAACGUCACCAUGCUUGGCGCAGUGAACAGGUGCUCUGUCACAUGCUAUCUGGACGCCCUGCUGUUCGCCAUGUUCGCGAGAAUGGAUAGCUUCGAGGCCAUGCUUUUUGAUAACUUUAGCGACGAGCCCCGGAAGAAGCUCGCAGCCAUUCUCCGGCUGUGGGUCAAUCUUCUGAGGAGUGGCAGGCUCAUCGAUGUCGAGUUAACGAAGCACCUGCAAGAAGCACUCGCUAAGUGCGGCUGGGAAGAGGCUGCUGAAGUCCGUCAACAAGAUGCUUCUGAAGCCUUCACCUUCAUCACCGGAGUGCUCGACUUGCCCCUCUUGACCCUCAAGAUGGACAUCUACCACACUGGGAGGGAAGACAAGGAGGAUGAUCAUAAGUUUGUCAACGAGCGGUUAUUGGAAGUCGCCAUUCCCGAACAAGAAGAUGACAAGAUGAUCACACUGGAACAAUGUCUCGAGGCCUACUUCAACAAUCGCAUCGAAGUCAAGCGCUACCUGGAACGGCAAAACACAGUCGGCAGCCCCGGCUCUCUCGACAGAUACCCUGAUAAAGGCUCCGUCCUCCACAUAGAAACCAUCGAACUCUCCAGCCCCAGCUCCCCCGUUGUCUCCACACCUGUCUCGCUCCAUCCCACAAGCGCAGCAUCAGCCCCCUCCCCAGCCCGCCCGUUCCUGAGCCGCCGUCGCGCAGAUAGUAUCUUCACCCAGCGGUACCGCACCGACACGGUCCGGACCACCAGUGACCGGGAAGCCUUUGACGAGAAGCAACAUCUACAUGACAUGUGGGACGCCGGCUCUGGCGGCCGCCCCCGCGCCGCAUCCCUUAGGAAGGAAGUCCUCAUGCCGGCAUGGCAGUUCUUCUCCCUGAUUCCCUGGUACACCGACAAGGUCCCGCAGUCGGACGCACAGGUUGCCGCACAUUUCUCCUCCCAGAGGCCUGUUCUGGGUAUCUGUCUGAAACGCUAUUUGAUGCUUCCGGACGGGCAACCGAGACGUCUAGGCACCUACAUUGACAUUCCGCUGGAGAUUGGUCUCCCGCACUUCGUCUCCGAUGACCGCAUGGACGAUUCCGGACCCCUUUUCGGGAAUUUCAAACUCGUACUGCAGAGCGCUCUAUGCCAUCGAGGUGAUCGCGUGGAUAGCGGCCACUAUGUCAGUCUUGUGAGGGCGAAUAGGGCGCCUCACUCGCAUGGCACGAGGCCGCGGAGUUCGGCGUGCGGAGAACACCAAGAGCAACGGCAACAGCAACAGCAGCAAUCCGAGGAGGUGGAGAAUCCGGAUCAGUGGCUCCUUUUUGACGACUUGGCGCCCACACGUGUGAGGCCGGUGGAUAUAGCGAAAGCUCUCAAGGAGGAGUCGCCGUAUCUCCUCUUCUUCCAGGUCCAGCCCAUUGAUGAGGAAUUGGCGUCCAGAGGGGAUCCACCAAGAUAUGAAGAUCUGGACGCGGAGGGCAGCGACGGUCAAACUCGGCAUGACGACAAAGAAGGUCAAGAGCAGGUGGAGAUUUCGGGCAAUGCGGCUGCGGCGCUGGACAUGGUCACAUCAGAAGUUGACCUUGCAAGCGGAGGAAUGGAAGGUAUGGCAACUGGACCGUCGUCAGCGACCCUUCCGCUCGCGCCUUCUGACAGCGUGGCAGCUGCUGGGAGCAGCAUGUCCUCCACGCGCGAAACCACGGAGCCGGACAUGCGGAGUAAUAUUACCAUCGAGCUCGACGCUAUACCCUUGGAUUCCGAAUUCGCCGAGAAACCGACAACGGGUGCGGGCACAGGCCGUACAACCGUCGAAGUGACACCCAUUGAAGAGAAGAGUGGAUGGCUAGGCACCAGGGGCAGGAGGGCAUCGAAAGCGAAUGUCGAUGAGAGCACCACGGGCAAGAGUAGGCCUCCGAGCCAGAGUGGGGAGGGCAGGCUGAGCUUGACCUUGAGUCGGUUGAAGGCGAUUGGGAGUAAGGAUAAGUUGGCCGUGAUGGAUGCUGCUACGGGCAAUCAUAACAGUAACACCACGACGCCGGCGGUGACGGAUGAUGAAAAUGUAACGACGGAGAAUGAAGAUGUGGUGGGUGGGGAGAGGACUAAGAGUCGAAGUAAGGGAAAAGAGAAGAGAACUGGGAGACUUAGGGGCAAGAGUAAGGAAUACGGUCCUGCUGAUGGUAAUGGGAGUGGUAAUGGCGGAGGACGUAGAGAGAAGGGUCGGCCGGAUCGAGAGUGUGUGGUCAUGUGAGCGUUUUCUAUGUGGCAUGGCUAAGGGUGUCUGCCUACGGUUAUGAUACUGUACAUGA